UUUGCGCAUGCUCACUUACCGGAAAAGGCGCCAGAAAAGAAUUCAGAAAGAAAAUGUCUUGAGAGGUAUCUGCAACCAGCAUUGUAUUUUAUAUUCAAUUUAUUUAUUUUAAAUCAGUAUAUUCAACAGCAAGAUGAGAAGACAAGCAUAAAUAAUAUAAGCUAAGAUAAGAGAUUAUUAAAUAUGACUAAAUUAGAACUGUAUCAAGAAUAGAAAUAAUAAUUGUUAUAAAAACGCAAGUAUAAAAUCGAGAAGCAUUAUGUCUAACUGUGUAUAUGAUUUAGAUACAUCUGGAGGGCUUAUGGAUCAAAUCCAAGCUCUUAUAGCCCCUCCAAAUAGUGACAAAAAAGAGAAAAAGGAGAAGAAAUCUGAACAUCCUUAUUUUAAACGGCCUGGUAAAGGCCACAACCAUGAUUCUUGUGAUGCUUGCGGUGAAGGAGGUGAUUUAAUUUGUUGCGAUAAGUGCCCAAGCAGUUUUCAUUUAGGAUGCCAUGAUCCUCCCUUAGAUUUUAAAGAUAUUCCGCAAGGUGAAUGGUUGUGCCAUAGUUGUAUAUAUGAAAAGAAACAGGUUCAAACUAAUUGUCUUAGAAGAAGGUCAAACAGCACUCCAUCGCCUGGUCUUUUAAGCUCAAAGCCUGCAAAAAAAAUUAAGCUCAGCCCCAUGGAUGUUUUAGUCGAAGCAGCUAAUGCAAUGAAUCCAAAACAAUUUGAAUUGCCCAGAGCUAUGAGCAUACCCAACAUGUUUUUUCCUGGAUCUGAAAAAAUUGAGAAUAUUAAGUUAAUUAAAAAGCUAAAACAGAGAGAUCAUGAAAAACUGUCUAAUGGACUGGUACCUUUACCAGCUAGAAAGUGUUCAGAGUGUGGGAAGUCAUGUAGAAUUGCUCCUCUAAUGGCUUGUGAUUUUUGUCCAUCAUUUUACCAUUUGGAUUGUCUAGACCCACCUCUUACUGCACCACCUGCAGGGAUUUGGAUGUGUCCGCAGCAUGUAGAACACACUUUGGACUCCAAUCUUCUCACAUCAGUUUCUCUCUGUGAAAGAGUCAAAUUGUGGGAUAAAUUCUCUGUGCCGGUGGAUCAAGAUUCUGUAAAGAUUGAAUUCUUUAGAAAGAUACACAGAAAAAAUCCACCUUUUAGGGUCAAAAGAUUUGUACCCAAGAAACCCAAGGUUCAGGUACCGGAGAUGAUUAAGUAUCAUUAUAAGAAACCUGUAAACUUGCUGCCCAGCCUAAAAGACGUGCUUCGAAUAGAGAAUGUUUACAGAAAGAAGAAACUGCAAGAAGUGAUGGAAGAAAGUGAAGCUGAAAUAGAGGAAGAUAAAGAUGCAGUGGAAGAAGUUAAGCAAGAGUUAGAUAGUGAAAGCGUUGAAGAGAUUAAACAAGAAAAUUGUGAUAUUAGUGAAGUAAGUAAUCCGAAUAGAACGCAAUCGCCUGACGAUUGUAAACCUCUUGGCGCACAAUCCGACAACGGCACGGAUGAUACCGACAGCGUUGCCGAUUCCUCUUCACCGGGUACUCUACUGAACGUAACCAACAAUACGUUCUACACCAGUAACGUGUUCAACGUCAAUUUGAACUGUUCGAAUCACGGGACGAAGGAAAAUGGACAGUUUGAGCUGAAUAACGGUUAUUAUGAGAGGGAACUAUUAAAAAAGGAAGAGACUGUUAUUAAGGAUAUUAUGGAUGGAUGUUUUGGAGAUGAAGUGGAAUCCGAAUUGAAGCAGUUGGACGACCGUCUGAUCAAAUUGUUGGCUUUUCAACGGCUGCAGCAAGUUUUCGGCCAUUCGAAUCAGGGGCAGAAUAAUCAUACGACUAUCGGUAAAAUGCCGCUACCCAGCGAACUGCUCACGCCCGCUGAUAUCGAUAGGAUCAGCAGGGUUUUCGCUAGUCCGAAAAAGAAGUAUAGAUCCAAGUGUUCUAAUAUUAGGGCUAGAGCUAUGAUGUGUCCUGUUGUGUCUAAACAUUUUUAUAACGUACGAACGAGAGAAGUGGACCCUACUGAUGUGAGACAUGAUGCCAGUUUUAUGGGAUUUCGACCUACAGUUUCAACAAGAUUUCCAGAAGCUGUAGCGAUGCGUUACAGAGUCCUCAACGUUGGAAAAGGUUCUUCCAAUGAUGUAGAUCUGGAGAAAUUUGGUUAUUGUAAUUUUAUUUCCCCCAAACAUGCCACCAUUUUCUUUGAUGAUUACACUAGGAGUUAUGAAUUGAUUAAUUACGCCUCUAGUGGGACUUAUGUGAACAACGUCUUGUAUUCUAAUAAUGUUAAUGUCAAGAGAACGGGUGAUACUACGAUGACAAAUGGUACUACGGAAAAUGACAAAGCCCAGAAUGGUUCUCCAUCGCCAGAGGAAGAAAGGGCCGCAAGUGUAGAGUCGCAGGUAAGGGAGGUAAUUAACAGAAAACGAAAACUUGGCAGACCGGAAGUGGUGAUACCAGUGCAGAACAAGAAGGGGGAGACUAAAAUGGCCGCCGAUUGGAAUGACCGAAUGGAAUGCUGCUGUACUGCUAACGUAGAAGACUUAAAGCGUGGCUGGGAGGGUUCAGCGAUUCUCAAUCACGGUUCACUGUUGAAAUUUGGAUGUAUAAAUUUCGUUUUUUCUAUUGUUGAAAGUCAGACGUAAAAUCGUUAUUGUAAAUAUUUUUAGGAUAUUUAAUGUUAACUCUUAAUAAAUUAUUGAACGUGUCGCUUUGUA